AUGAAACAACGAUCAUGUCAAGAACCUAAUCAAACAGACACGAAAUAUUAUACUUCCCAUAAUCUUUCCUUCGUUGGAGAGGAACAUCAGGCGUCACUAGAACCAUGCUGUGCAAAGCCUGACACUGAUGUCCGAAAGAUAUUUUUCGACGCUGGCCCAGAGCUCUUCAAAGAAUGCUUGCUUAAGUUCAGGAAGACGAAGGGCAAGAGGGCGAGAUCAAGUCGAAACGGGAAGCCACAUGGAAACACCACGAAGAUAUUGCUGCCAUGA